AUGGCGGACAAAAACUCCGCUGAAGCUUCCAGUUCAAGUCAAGUUGGUGAUGAAAGUUCGGAGGCUACUGUUGAGAUCAAUGUCAAGACCUUGGAUUCUCAAAUCUUUCCUUUUCGAGUGAACAAGAAUGUAAUUCCUUACAAACUCUGUUAUUCUUUUUUUUUUCAAUUGAUGUUGAUAAGAAUGACAGUGUUUGCCGAGUCUUUUUGAAAUUUUAUUGAUGUUGUAUGCACCACAGUGUAAGUUGAUUCUUUCGUGUUAUAUACUCAAAACCGUUAGUAGGACUCUAUGUAAAUUUUUUAGGUUUGUAGAACGUUUGAGUUACAUUAUGGUGUAGACCGCUUUGAUUUUGUGUUCAGAAUUCAUCUUUAUCUUCCUUAAACUUAGUAUAUUGUCAUACGCCUACAACAUUUCUUCAGAUGCCAGUACUGACGCUGAAGGAGAAAAUAGCAAAUGUCAUUGGUCUUCCAGUAGAGCUGCAACGACUCAUUUUCAGGGGAAAGGUUCUGAAGGAUGGUGAUCUUUUGUCUGCUUACCGUAUCCUUUUCCUUUUUUUUAACCAUGCAGCAGUAAAUCGUUGAAAAACUUCUUUGCAUAGUUCGUUAUUUUAUGGAACUAAUGACGCAGUAGAACAAGGAUGCUAGAGGACUACUGCCAGAAACCAGUAUAUUUUUGUUAUAAAAGGCCACUUGUCUUAUUGCCUUGUGCCGGAAAGGAGAGACUCGGAGGUGUGAAACUCGCUUGCUCAACCUAUGAGGGAUGCAAUUGGUUAGUGUGGGGACAUGCUGUCAAGAGAGGCGGGGUACUAAUGGUGAUCUUCCAUGGAAUCAGCUUGUUUAAUGAAACUAGUAUCUUAUCAUAAUGACUGCUUCGGAAUAAUGGCGAUAUUCCGAAGCAGUAUCAUAAUCUCAUGUGUCACUUCACAUGCACUUGAGAUUAGUGGGAUUUUUCGUUUGUUUGAGUUUCUUUCGGUUUAGACGUUGUAUAUGUGCCUUGACUAUUUUUAGACGUUGAAGACGGGCAUACAAUCCACCUAGUUGCAAGACAGGCUGUUCAGAGUGAAAGUCAACUUGGCACAAGCUCUACAGGGACAGGUGGGAAUGUGGACACCACAUGUUUGCUACUGUCCACUAAUUUUGAAGAAAAUUAGAGGCUAAAAAACUAAAAUGAAGAAAAUAAUUCUCAAUCUCUUUCAUCAUAUCUGUUUGUCAGGGAAUGAUCCUGCGGCUGGUGCUCCUUGGAACAGGAUGGGGGUUGUUGGGCAAGUAUCGCAUAAUUUAGUUCUCGGACCCAUCAGCAUAAGCGACCAGAGUGAAAACAUUGUGCCUGAUGUUACUCGGGUAUUCUCCGAACCUGAGACCUAGUAGUGUAAUAAUUGAUUGACGUGAUAUCUCUCUUUAUGUCCUCUUUCUGUGUUUGUCCACAGAUUAUUGGGUCUGUUCUUAGUUCUCUGGGCCUUGCAACUCCGACAAGCAAUUCAGGGAUUGCUGGCAGUUCCUCAUCGGGCAUUGCAGUGAGUUGCAGUUGAUUUUCUAAUGUUGUCUAAUAGGUGCUUCAAUCCUCUAAGUGUGUUAUUUAUGUUUACAGCCCAAUUCAUCAAGCCAUCCCUCACAAACUAUUAACUCAAAUACAACACAUUCUACCAGUGGGGGAACUACAACGGAAAAUCAAUUACCAAUUUCCACAAAUCUUUUCCCAUUUCCGCUUUUUAACCAGUCUCAAUCUCAACCAUUUCAUCUGGUAAGUUUUCGUCCUUUUUUUAAAUAGUCUCUUAAUUUUAUUGUGUCCUGUAUAAAACAUGCACUUUGGGUUUUCCCCUUGAUCUUUGUAGGCAACCUUUGCUUCUUUGACGACUCUUUCUUCCUUCAUCAGUCGUCUGGAGCAGGCGUUAUUGCUUAAUGGUUGUGUUAUCCAUCCUCCAAUGUUCUUAUAUUCAGAACUUGUUUUUUUUGUCUGUAUAAUUUGAUUGCUCUUUUGUCCCUUGUAGGUUAUCAGUCACCUACCCCUGGUAGUGAAGGUUCCUCAGGUUCUGACUUGGCAUCAUCUACAUCUGGGUCGCCAACCCCAGAAUUGUUAGGUGCUGUAAUGUUUCAAGCACAAAGGUUGGUCCAUGGGCAAGCAGCCGCUGCACUCUCGGUAAGUCCUACCUUGUUGGUAGAUUUUGGAGUUUGUUAUCAGAUUCGAUGUCUCCACAUCCUCCUAUAACUUGGUCCUUGAGGAAUACUUUUUGACGCCAAUUAUAAGGUAUUUGAUUUCUCCAUAGCCUCUUGUAAAAUCCGUGGGAUGGUGAGGUAUUUGCAAUGACGAAGAUAAUCCAUUUCUUGAAUUAUUUGCUAGCUAUUUGAACACAAAGAAAUGCCCAUUUUUUCGUGCGUUCAGUCUACUAACAGACUCUACUGGAAGCUUCGGUGUCUUGUUAAGCUGCUCUUUUCUUCUUAGUUUUGUCUAAAUCCUUGUAAUUAGCGUCAUAAAAAUGCUUUCCGUGCAAAGGCACUGACAACAAGGGAGUUAGUGGUGUGUAAGAAUGACAGAAAAUUGAUAAUUUUCGAAGUCUCACACAGAUGACUUAGAUGACUUAUCCUUAAGAAUGCUACAACCUGAGCAUUAGUUUACAUAGAUGACUUAUCCUUAAGAAUGCUACAAUCUUGUAGCAUAUUGCAGGGCGUCUGGCAAGAGAAGGAUCAUCUACAGAUCCAGCUGUGCGUGGUCAGAUUCAGAACCAGGCAAUGCAUCUGGGAGUGGCAAUGCAGCAUUUAGGCGCGAUGCUAUUGGAACUUGGCCGUGCUACCUUGACCCUGCGCAUGGGUGAAUCACCUGUAUGUUCUGGGUUUUAUCUGCUUAUUUUGGUCUUCCUGUCUUUCUUUACAGUACUUAUUUGUAGAUCUUACCGUUCACAAAAAUACAGGCGGAAGCUUUUGUUAAUACUGGACCGGCAGUUUAUAUUUCAGCAGCAGGACCAAGUCCUAUGAUGGUUCAGGUUAUUAGAAAUGAUCACCGUCUUCUCUUUUUCCUGGGCCACCUUGUUUUACAUUUGUCUACUGCUAACAUUUCGCGUUUCUGUGCAGCCUGUACUUCACACGACUCCCCUAUUUGGGCUUUCACCCAAUUUCCCACUUGCAAGCACCGGAGUCCCUGGGCAAGUUAGAACAGGGGAUGCUCUCAGAAGUUUGAAUAUCCACGUACAUUCUGGUAAGAAAAAUCUGCUGACAUGUCAAUAUGUGCAUACAUUCUGGUAUGAAAAUUUUCAUUAUUAUUAUUUCAAGUUAUAAUGUGACGUGGAUUAUCAGGGACACCUGUAGCUGCUGGUGUAUCAUCUGUUGGGACAAGGACUACCAGUGGCGAACAUACUGGGCACGAUCCUGUGGGCAUGAACAGAAAUGCCACAGGAGGGUCAACGCCAGCACAGGGAUUGCCAUCGGGACUAGUUGUUACAGCAGCAGCUCCAGCACAGUCCACAAGAGAAGCAUCUCGCCAGGCCCUAAGUGCCAUCUACCCAAUUCCUGUUCCACGCCAGCAAUCAAACUCUGUUGGUAAUGUCUCCGGCCCUGCAGAUAGUGGGUCUCUAAGGAAUGAGGGCCCUGCAGUUUUGCAGACUACUGAACGUGGAAGUGGUCUGAAUGUAAUGCGGGAUGGUGCUACCACUCUGUCUGUUGCAAACGAGCAAGCUGGCUCAUCUGCUAGUAUUUCACCAACCCCCGAUUCAUUACCUGCUGGUGAUGGUUCACAAUCUGUUACUCCGGAUGAAUACUAAUAAAUGAAUGAUUUUCCUGUUUGUAAUUGACCAUACGUAUCUCAUGCUCAAUCUCAUUUAGGUUCCUCCUCUGUAUCAGAAACUGAGAGAGGUGGUCAGCACCCGCCACGGGGAAAUAGGGAGCCUGAUACGGUAGACCGUAGUGGAAAUGCUUUGGAGCAUCUGGAAAGUGACAAAUCUGCAACUGAAAGCACGGGGGUACUAUUAUUUUUUUACAGUGAUUUAUUCCUUUAUCUGCCCUUGCUAUCGGGUUCGUACUGAUGCAUCUACUUGCCAGAUCAAACCUGAUGCAACCCGGCUGGUACCUGGCGAUCCCGAAGUUUAUCCAGCCGCUCAGAUCGCCGGAACAAGUCAGAGUAACCUGCGGGCUGAGGAGAAAAAACCUGUUCCUCUGGGGUUAGGACUUGGGGGUUUGCAACCCAAGGUGAGCAUCGACGAAAUUCUUUGGCUCCUUGCAUAUAAAACUCGUCACUUCUAAUGGCCACCGCAGGACUUGUUUGGCGUUCUUCUGUUGUUUGCUUCUCAAAAUGCCGGUCUGACGGGCUCCUCACUUUCCGUUUAUUUCGUUUCUGUACUCAGAAGAGAGGUAAACAGUCGCAGUCGCAGUCUAUUGCCAUGGGUCAGCAAGUUUUGCAGUCGCUUGUAUCGCAGGCAGACUCAAGACGUGGCGGUGGUUCCACCGCCGGGCUGCCGGGAGCUCAGCAGGCCCAGGGGAAGGGUUCUCAAACCGGAGAUUCCCUUCUGGGUUUAUUGGGGGGACAAGGCGGUUUUGAUAUUUCAACAAUAUUUCAGCAGAUGAUUCCCGUCGUCUCCCAGGUUUUGGGAACAGGUCCCGGUGCGCCGUCACCUGAUGUCGAGGCCAAGUCUCAGGCUCCACGCGGUGAUCGUCGGUUCCCUAGUGACGACCAGUCUUCAGAAGACCCCUCUCAGGUACUUAUUUCUUUCUCUGAUUAGUUAUGUAUCUGUGCCAUUCGGGUUUUGAUGCUUAGAAUUUCUCGGGAAAAAUCGUAUGUUAGGAUAGGAGCAAGAGGAACCCACCAUUGUAUCCUCUAUAGAAUUAAACGAACAGAAAACCCUUUGUCAUGGUCAAAAUAUCAUUUGUCUCAAUCAGUUCGGAAGAACAGGAAGAAAACCCGCGAGUCAGUUAUGUCUGAAUCUCUGCUAGAGGGUAAAAAAAUAAAGGGUAGUAAUAAGUUUAAGGUUCAAAUGGAAUAUGCUAUUAAAACUCUCUCUCGCUCUCACUCUAACCGCUGCAUGGCGUGGGCUUGAAUGGCAUUCUGGGAGGGUGGGGUUGGCCUCGCAUGGAAUGAAUGGGUCGUUUUGACUUUCUCUUCUGGUUUUGCAGAUCGAUGUACGGUCGAUCAUCGAGCGGCUCCGACGCGGAGAACCCCGGGGCGAUGCUUUCCGAGAUAUGAUCGAGAGCGCGGGACGGCUGUACGGAGGGGAAAGCGAUAUAGAAGAUCUGUUACAAUUCCUUUGCGACAAUGAGGAGCUCUCAAACGUACGUCAUCUCCAAGUGACUCCACUCCCCCUUUGCGUGCUGCCCGCCGUUCUUCAAGGCUGUGCUUUUAUCAAUCUUGCAGGAAUACUUCGAGAUGUUGAGAGGGGCCGCACGCCGCCGGGGAGCUGGAUCGGGCUCGGGUUCUGGCUCUUGA